CGGACGUUGUAAAUGGCAACCGAGCAUUUCACCAUGUUCAAUUCACUUACACGACAAUAGUCUUGUGGUAGGUAGACUUGCUACACAACAUCCAUCUAUACCUAACAACCUACAUGCCUAUUCAACAAGAUUUCCUCAGGUAAAGAACCCGAAAGUAUCUUCCUCGUACUCAUCAGGUCUGUCCAUGCCUGUGACUGAGUAAACCCAAUCAAACGCGAUACAGGUCCAUCCCGUCCCAUCCCAUGCCUCCCCGUCCCUCGUCCCAGACCAUCCCCGUCACCCCCAUUUUCUCUCAUUCCUACCUACUUAGGUACGUACGUGUAUUCCCCCCGUUCCACGCUUCCGACGAGUACAUUACCUGCUUGAGUAUCCGUAGUACCUUAGGUAUAUGUAUCCCGUGCGUCCUAUACCAUACCUCCCUACCUCAGUUACCUAACUCUGCUCCUCUUGUACACGUAUGGGCGCAUCCGUCUCCCUUCCCUUUCCCCCAAUCCCAAUCUCAAUCCUCACACCCCCCCCCGGUCCCAUUUUCCAUUCCUUGGUCGCCAUCUCUACCAUUCCAACCGCUGCCGUUACUGCUCCUGCUACUGCUGCGGGCAACCCUUCCAUUUCAUCUUCCACACCCAGUCUGCCUCGACCGGCUUCUCCUCCCUCACAUCACUCAUCCCGCCCUGCAUUCGAUAUUCCCUCAACUCCAGAGAGCUUCGUCUCGCCUUCCGUCUAUACUUCCAACUACUCCAACUUUGAUUCCGGCUUCGACCUCGGCCUCGACCUCGGCUUCGAUUUGCUCCCAUCAACAAAACUUCUCACCACCCGCUGCGUUCCCGCCAUCAUAUUCUACUGCGGAUAUCCGGGGUAGUAUUUUCCCGACCAAUACGGAUAAAUACCAUACCUUUCCUCGAGUCCCCCCCGCUUGGCAGGCCUGUCACUUUUAUAGUCUGCCUGCUUGCAAACAUACAGUAAGUACUUGGUGUCUUGGGUCAUCCAUUGCUCCAAGUGGUCUGAAUCACCUCUCCUCGCAACCUCUCGACCGAGCCUUCCCUCGAGCACGCGAUCGCACACAAGCGAGUCCGCCGACGAACUCGCGACAUCGCCUGUCACCCCAAACGCCAGUCAGCACUCUCUUUGCUUGAACUCAAAGAUACUCUCGCCACCCCACCCUUGUUAUCAUCAUUGCGGGGCCCUCUUCUUCACCCCCUGCUGGCGGUAAAGCCGCAGCCG